UCAAGGCACUGGAUGCUCAGUGCUUUAGUAUCAGGCACCAAGGCCCCAGAGCAGGGACAUCUCCACCCAGGGAAGCAGACAGGGUAUGGACUGAGGCCAAGAGCGUGGUCAUGUUACCCUGGAGAACAGAUGACACAGGACUUCCAGACCACGUAAUUGUAGCAGCGCAAACUACUGGGCAGCAUAAGGAGACUGUCACUUUAAUUUUUAGAAAAGCAAGCACAUCCCACAGAACCAGCAAGUGUAGAUACUGCAAUCAACAUUAAAUGACGUAAAAGACAACUUUAUUAAAAUAAGUUAAAAAGACAUUUGAGAGAGAACCAGUCCUGCUCCCCUGGAAACCUCAUCAAGGACAGCCGUGACCCAAGGGUCAGGCAUCUGUCCACAGCUGGGCCUGCUCGCCUGGCUGGGCAAGGGCUCUGCUCCCAUGGGUGCUGGAACGGGGUGCAGAGGAAGGCCUGCCCAGGGGGAUGCUGUAGGUAAUUCUCGACACAGGGGCCUCACCCACCAUCCGCGGAUCUGCCCUGUCUUCAAAGACCCUCUGGAGAGCCAUUUUGACAGAUUCUCUGAAAUUCUGCUUUUUGUAGUUCCCAACCAGGACAUAAAUAAUUGGAUUGCUGCUGCUGUUGAUGGCAGCCAGCAGAAGGCAGAUGUCAAAGAUAAAAUUGGUGUAGACAUAGAAGUUGAGGAAGAUCUGGACACUGAGUGGGAUAGCAAAGAGGAGGAAGAAGAAAACAGUGAGGAAGGAUGACAAAGUACAGCCUCCCUGGGUGGUAUUGCCAUGAUCUACACCUAAGCUUAAUGAACAGGAUCACAUUGGAGAUGAUCAUAAAGGGGGUGAAAAAGCAGAAACUGAGAAAGCAUAAGGUUGCAAGAACCACCCAGCAGCGUUCAGAGUGACCCAAAUCAUACAUAAAGUACACGAGCCCUGACAGCACACAGGUGAGAGCCCAGAGCAGGCUGCACAUGACAGCUGUCAGGAGCUGUGGCGAUGGCAUCGGUAACAGAAGGGCCAGAGAGUACCCAGGCACCUCUCCAUGCUGAUGGCCAUGAGGAGAUAGAGGCUGGAGCUGUAUGUUAGCAGAACCUGGAGUGAAAUGGUAGGAGCACGUGCAAAAGCUGUGGGUGAAAGCAGCUGAGCAUGGGCACAUGAUACAUUACAAGGGAAACUGAUGUGCAGAGGAGAAAGCAGGCAUCCGCAACAGCCAGGUUGAGGACAUAGGAAGCGAAGAGAUUCCUCCUGAUGUGGAAGCUGAGGAGCCAGAGGAUGGCCCUAUUCCCCACCAGGCCACACAAGCCGAUGAGCAGAAUGAUGCUACCAAUGACGAUUUCAGAGACAUGGCCUGCAAAGCAUCUGGUCCCAUUGUCUCCAUCCCCUGGACCAUGAUCUCCAUAGAUGGUGGGAACACUGUACUUCAGCCACGGACUGUGGUGUUGGGAUGUCACUCCAUCCUCCUCCUUGCUGUCUCCUGCUCACCUAGGGAAAGGAAAGGGAUGAUGGAAAAGCAGUGACUCUUAGGUCCCCACCGUUGUGCUGCUCUGGUCAUUCAGUCCUUCCCUCGCCUCCAUGGGCUACAACAUCUGCAAGCCAGAGAACAGAAGAAUGGAGUGGAGAAAAAAAUAAAAGAUGAGAAAUAGGGUUAAGAGGGAAAAGCUUGGGCCCAGGAUGGCAUGCUACAGACAGAGAACUGGAAGAGGAGUGGAGCAAGAAAGGAGAGGCAUGCAGGAGCCAUUUGCCUGUCAAGGACUGGCAAGGGCUGAGCUGGCUAAUGAAAACGUGGCCACUUCUUUAUGAACCAAAAGCACUGAUUUGAAAAGACGGUGAUGUUGUCAGCUGUCCCUCCCAUGUGCAGCAGGGAAUUCCCUGUCUCCCUGUCAGUGACUGCACAUUUGUCCAUGCAUCCAGCAGAGCGGCCGGAGACAGCAGGAGGUGAUCAUGGCAGAACUGGCAUCACAGCUUGGGCUGCAGUACCUCCAUCCCAGCCUGCCCGGGUAGUCAGGGCUGGGGAGCAGAGGGCCCUCUGCUGAUGGGGAUUGUAAAGCUCUCCAGAGCAUCUCAAGAGCAUCUCAAGACUCAGAAUGCUGCACGUAGCCUUAACAAAGGGGAAAAGAAAUGAAAAAGAAACAAAAAAAAAAAAAAAGAGAGAGACAGAAAGAGAGAGAGAUCAUUAAAAGCAGCAUACGAUCUCUCAGGAACACAAAUGCGACUUCUGAGAAGUGAGAUACAUGCGCAUGCAACAAUUCUGCCAGACAGCUGGAGUAUUUCAUUUCUGGAUGCUUAAGCUAUCUGAGGAUGGCCAGGAGGUUUCAUUCUUGGAUCAACAUGGCGCUGCAGGUACUCAGCACUACGUUUGCAUGUGCAUCCUUGCCUGCUCCAGCCCUUCCCACUCUGCACUCAGGAGCGCUGCACCAACAAUGUUUUUCCCCUGCUGGCUCUUCCAACAGGACCCAGCCCCACCAAAGGCACUGGGUGGAACACAGGUGCUGCGGACGUGGCCGUGCCGCUACUGGGCAGCCAGUGCUGAGCUCAGUGAAGGCUCCUGUGGAGCCACCACCAUCUGUAUCCGCAGCUUCCACCCUCAGCGAGAUGCCAAUGAGGGGCAGAGCUGAGGGUGCAGCUGACAGGAUGGGGAUGAUGGCGUGUGCUUGUGCAAAACAACUUCUGCUGAAGGGAGUGACUUUAACAGGAAACCUUAAGAGUAGCUCUUCUGUUGCAGGAGCAUUGGAACUGGAAUUAUAUGGCGGGAUGAAUCUGAUGUCUUUGGGAGCAAACAACAUAUUUUAGAGCAGCCUAAAGUCAGCGAGGAACCAGAUGUUCAUCCUGGCAGCCAGGACAGCAGCCAGGAGUGGCCGAACACAGGGACACUGAUCUACAGGAGAGGUAGGGCACAGAAGGGUGGGUUCCCUUGGGAAAGGUCUUCUACAGCUGAGGGACCUGCCCAGAGCGGGUGUGGAGGGCCCAUGCCCCCAAGGAGCCAUGGGAGGGUUGAACCACAACCACGCUGAGGUCAGGAGCAGCAGCCCCUGGUCUGUGCACUACCAGAAGGGUGGCACUGUAGGAAAACAACCGCAAGGACUCCUGAGAGCAAGAAGGAGGAUGUGGACUUCCCAUGCCACCACCGUGCCCCUGGUGAAGGGCUGGGAGGACUGCACUUCUCUGUAACAGCAUGCUGGAAGGGAAGCACAGCACCUGAAAGCGUCCUUCCUAGUACCUGUAUUUGUAUCAUUAGGGGGUAUUAGCAGUAACCCAUCUGGGCUGUAAGUGCUAGUGAAAACUACCAUUCAUUGCUCAUUUAUUCAAAGAUAAUUUAUAAACUUUUAUAAACUGUUAAUGCCCAAAUUCGACAACUAAAACUAGUUUUUGGCUCCAUUUUGAACGUGUAUUCCCUCGUGCCCAUGAGACAUCUUGGCGAUAAUUCCCACAUUCUUCCCACAAGGGGAGUUGCUUCUGAGAAGCACUGCACUGGCCCUGCCAGCAUCACCAGCAUCACGCUUUUCCGCUGCGGGGCAAUGCCCACCCUGUGUGGCUGGGAAGCCCUGAGAUGUGGGGGAGUGGAACAAGGAGGGAUAGAAAUGCGUCAGGCAGAGAGGGAAGGCAGUUGUGAUAGCUGGUCGCUGCUCUGGGAGGGGCAUAUUUAAUCAGAAAAGCAUGAGGAGUCAUUCACAAAAUUCUUGCAUGUUUUCUGGCAAAAGCCACUUCCUUUGUGGGGAAAAAAAAAAUCAAGAUAAAUAAAAACAAGGAAGCGGAGCUCUGACGUAGCAGUGGUUACAAAACCUUUCUCGAUGCCACUGCGACCCCACUGUGGCUGGGGCAGCCUGUGUAUGCAGCAUAGGGGCACAGAGAGGAGCCAGGGGACGAGUCCAGGGACACCCUGGUGACCAGGAAACAUUCCUCGUUGCACAAUUGGCCUGAGGGGGAUCCGCUCCAGGAUCUGGAUUUGAGGGGAGCCUGAGAUGCCAGGAAACCAACGUGGAUCUGCCCAAGCCCUUCUGGAAAAACAGCCCUAGCCUGCUGAUUCACCAAAGCUAACACCAGGACCGCAUCCCACCACUGCCUGGCCUCCUGCCAUGGAGCCGAACCACACGGCCCCGUCUCCUACACCACCCACGCCAACGCCCGAUGGAGAAGACGCGUGCGAGAUCGAUGUCCCCGACGUGGCCGUGGACGGCGCCACACUGCUCAUCUGCCUCUGCGGGCUGGUGGGCAAUGGGGCUGUCCUCUGGCUUCUCGGCUGCCGCAUCCGCAGGAACCCCAUCACCGUCUACGUCCUCAACCUGGCCGUCGCUGACUUCACCUUCCUCCUCUUCAUGCUCACCUCCGCGCUCCUCUACAUCCUGGACAACCUCUCCUGCAGCGCCUUCCCUGUCUUCACGUACCUCAGGUCGUUCCUCCUGCCCCUGCUGCUCACCCACAACAUGGGCAUGUACCUCCUCACAGCCAUCAGCAUCGAGAGGUGCGUGUCCGUCGUCUGCUCCAGCAGCCCCUGUGGCCACCGCCCCCAGCACCUGUCGGCCGUGGUGUGUGCCCUGCUCUGGGCCCUCUCCAUCACUGUAAUUGCUGCAGUAGCUUUCCUGUGCCUGUCACACCAGCACGAGCAAUGCCGUCUGGCCCUCAUCUCCAUGUACGCCCUCAACUUCGCUGUCUUUGCACCAUCCAUGGUCAUCUCUAGCACACUUCUCUUCAUUAAGGUCCAGUGCGGCUCCCAACAACGCCAGCCCAGGAGGCUCUACAUUGUUAUCUUCCUCACCGUCCUCUUCUUCCUCCUCUUCGCUCUUCCCCUUAGCAUCUGGAAUUUCCUGCAGCAUGUCAGUUACAUGCUGGGGCAGUCCCAGGUGGUUUUCCUGCUUGCCUGCAUCAACAGCAGCAUCAACCCCUUCAUCUACUUCCUGGUGGGGAGCUGCCGGAGGCGCUGCUCCUUGGUGUCCCUCCAGGUCGCCUUCCGGAGGGUCUUCGAGGAGUCGGCCGAUAACACAGUGUGCAGUGACAAUGCCACGAUGGACACGCUGAGCCCGGUCUGUUGAAGCCUUUCUGCUACUCUGCUUAAGGCCCCCCCAGAUGAUGGCCGGGGGUUUCACUGGGGACCCAGAUCAAUAAAUGUCUGCCCUAUUUCCGCAGA